CACUCCAAAAAGCAUUUACCCUGGGACAGCGGUUCCGCUAUACGGUCGUCUCGUGCGUCCUGCGUGCGUCUCGUUUAGGACGUAUUAAUUUUGCUCGUCGCUGUCUGAUUACGUCAUUGUCUUGUGGAAGCGGUAGUGGUGACUCUGUGCAUGCGGUGUUAUUUGAGCUACAGUAAAAAAAGUUUAGCUUUGCUGGACACCUGGGCAGUUUUCACGUUUAUUCCACGCCAUGUCAUCUCUUCUGAAGGUCGAUCGCGAGAUGAAAACCAAGGUGGAAGCAUUCAGGGAGCAGAUCAGCAGUGAGGCUGAGCACCUGGUCGCCAGCUUUUUCCCUCGAAAGCUUCUGGAGUUGGAUAACUUUCUAAAGGAGCCGAUUCUCAAUGUGAUUGACCUGAAAGAAAUCCAUUCAGAGAUCAAGUUCAAAGUCCCAGACCCGAUUCUUUUCAAUAACAGCCAUGAUGGUGUGGACAUGAAUACCAAAAAGAGGAAACUAGAAGAUGGAGUCACUGUUGAGAGCUGGCAAGGGGGAGCCAAAACCCUGGUGAUGCCAGAGGGGAUGCUGAAAUGUAACACCAAGCUGGUAGACCUGAUUGAGCGAGUCAAACCAGAGAUCAGGACUCUGAUUGAGAAGUGUAACACAGUUAAGAUGUGGGUCCAGCUGCUCAUCCCUAGAAUAGAAGAUGGAAACAACUUUGGAGUCUCCAUACAGGAAGAGACUGUGGCAGAGCUGAGGACGGUGGAGUCAGAGGCCGCAUCUUACCUGGACCAGAUCUCCAGAUACUACAUGACAAGAGCCAAGCUUGUCUCCAAAAUUGUCAAGUACCCUCACGUGGAGGACUACAGGAGGACCAUAUCAGAGAUUGAUGAGAAGGAGUACAUCAGUUUGAAAAUCAUUGUUUCAGAGCUGAGGAAUCAAUACGUGAUUCUUCAUGAUAUGAUCCUGAAAAACAUUGAGAAGAUCAAGAAACCAAGAAACUGCAACUCUGAAGCUCUUUACUGACAACCCCCCCCCCCCCCACUCAACACACACACACACACACACACACACACACACACACACACACACACACA